UUCAAGACAGUAUUCAGUUGCAGCCGACGCAAUUAUCCGGAAGCACUACGUGGAUGACUACUUGGACAGCGCUGACGACGUUGACGAAGCGGUGAAGCUGGCACAUGAAGUCAAACUGGUCCACUCUCGGUGGAUUCCAUCUGCGGAACUGGCUUUCAAAUUCCACCGAGGUUCUCGCACGGGUCGGGGAGAGAGACCCAGUCACAGAAAAGCUGGACAAGAACAGUUCAACCGAACACGUGCUCGGGAUGUACUGGAAGCCGGUCGACGAUGUCUUCACGUUUACAACGACGCUAGCGGUGGGUGCGGAGCAUCCAACUAAGCGCCAGGCACUGCGAGUAGUGAUUAGCCCAUUCGAUCCGGCAGGAUUGUUGUGUUUUUUCCUCAUACACGGCAAGGUACUAAUCCAGGAGCUGUGGAGGGCGAAGACGACAUGGGAUCAACUAAUUCCGGAGGAGUUACUUGGGAAGUGGAUGCGGUGGACGAGUUUGUUCAAACAUCUGGACCAGAUUAGCAUUCCGCGUUGCUACUUUCCGCAACGUUCGGUGAAAGAUAUCUUGUCGCUGCAACUGCAUAUCUACGUGGAUGCUAGCGAAGAAGCUUAUGCGUGUGUCGCUUACUUUCGGGCGGUAUUUCCGGAUGGGAUUUCUGGUGCGUUAGUCGGUGGGAAAUCCAAGGUGGCUCCACUGAAGGCACACUCCAUCCCACGGUUGGAGUUGAUGGCAGCGGUAAUCGGAGUACGCUUGAUGAAGACCAUCCUCACUGGGCACUCGCUCGUAGUCGAGAAGGCAUUGUUAUGGUGUAACUCUAAGACGGUGCUGGCUUGGAUAAAUUCAGAUCAUCGAAGAUAUCGCCAGUUCGUAGCUUGCCGAGUAGGUGAGAUUUUGUCCAAGUCGGAGGCGAAGCAAUGGCGUUGGAUAUCAUCGAGAAAGAACGUCGCCGACGAUGCGACAAAGUGGGGAAAAGGGCCGUGUUUGUCCUCAGGCGGCCGUUGGUUCCGUGGUGACAACGAUUUAUAUUUGCCAGAAGAUCAAUGGACCAUAGAUGCAGAUUCAGUCGGCGCGACGACCGAUGAAGAGCUGAGGUCGUGUUUGGUGCACAAGGAGGUUAUCGUACCGCCACAACUUGUGAGGUGGGAGCGAUUCUCGAAACUGACGCAUUUGUAUCGAUCGGUAGCACAUGUUCAUCGCUACGUACAAAAUCUACGGCGAACGGUAAAACGAGAGACUCGACUGGACGGACCACUCACUCAAGAGGAAUUAGCAACAGCCGAAACCACAAUCUUUCGUUGGGUGCAGUGUGAGCAGUAUCCGGACGAGGUGGCGACUUUGUCAGUAAUGCGGGACAAGCAGCCAAGACAACAGGCGCGGCUGGAGAAAACCAGCAAAAUAUACAAACUGUCUCCGUACUUGGACGAAGCAGGUGUUAUUCGUUCUGAUGGAAGGAUAUCUGCUGCGACCGUCGCCGCGUUUGACACUAAGUUUCCAGUAAUAUUGCCGAAAGCCCAUCCAGUGACUAGACUGCUGGUUGAAUGGUACCACCAACGAUUUCUUCACGCCAAUGGCGAGACUGUCGUGAACGAAGUGAGACAGCGUUUCCACAUAUCGCAGCUGCGCCCGUUCGUGCGUAAGGUGGCUAAUGAGUGCGCCUUGUGUAAAGUCAAGAAGCCAAGUCUGGCGACACCCCGAAUGGCUCCACUCCCGGCGGCCAGGUUGCAGGCGUACGUACGUCCAUUUUCCUACGUAGGCGUCGACUAUUUCGGGCCGAUCGGCAUGCGGGUGAACCGAAGUAUUGCAAAACGAUGGGUAGCUCUGUUCACGUGUAUGACCACACGAGCAAUCCAUCUCGAAGUCGCUCACACACUUUCAACGGAAUCUUGCAAGAUGGCGAUCAGGCGUUUCAUCGGACGCAGAGGAGCACCUGUGGAGAUCCGCAGCGACAGGGGCACAAAUUUCGUGGGAUCGAGCAACGAACUUAAGCAGGAGAUGGGCAAAAUCGAGCGCCAGCUUGCCGAAACGUUCACCAACGCGAACACGAAAUGGGUGUUUAACCCACCUGGAUCACCUCACAUGGGUGGCGCCUGGGAGCGUCUAGUGCGGUCGGUGAAAACCGCUCUUGCUGCAAUGGAGUCUUCUCGAACGCCGAACGAAGAAACGCUGGCAACGUUUCUAGUGGAAGCUGAGAGUGUGGUCAAUUCGAGACCGCUAACAUAUAUUCCUCUGGAGACGGCGCAACAGGAGGCUCUAACACCGAGCCACUUUCUUCUAAUGAGCUCGAGCGGCGUAACGCAGACUCCGAAGACGCUUACGGAUCCAAGACAAGCCUGUAGGAACGACUGGAAUCUAUGCCGUACAAUGGUAGAUCAGUUUUGGCGCCGGUGGGUGCGGGAAUAUCUUCCUACCAUCGCACGUCGUACCAAGUGGUUUGAGGAGACGAAACAGAUCGAUGUAGGAGAUUCGGUGAUCAUCGUGGAGGAGAAGAUACGCAAUGGAUGGAUUCGAGGAUGUGUAGCCAAGGUCGUGGUGGGCCGAGAUGGGCGAGUUCGCGAUGCCGUGGUGCAGACUCCCGACGGAAUGGUGCAUCGACCUGUAGCAAAGCUGGCGCGGAUCGACAUAGAAAAGGUGGGGCUUCAGCCGGCAACAGCAGAAGGUAAAGCUGAACCGGAGAUAGCUAACCAGCCUUACGGGUCGGGGAGUGUUACGGUAUGUCCCGCUGACCCCUUCCAACUCCACGGUCGACCACCUGUCGGUGGACAAUUUUGAUGUAGUGAGGACCAUUUGAAAUGGAAGGAUAGGAAAAGGGAAGAAGGACCGUUUGAAAUGGAAGGAUAGAAAAAGGAAAAAAAGAAUCGUUUGAAAUGGUAGGAUAGAAAAACAUAGACGUCACGUAGAGAUGAGAGAAAGGUAUAAGAAAAAAGAAUAGAAAUUGUUGGAAGUUUAAGUAAAUAGAACGUUGAAUUCGUGAAGAUAUAAGCAAACAUUUAUUUCCGUGCCGGAAGGCCAAGAAACGCACUCAACCGUUCGAAUUGUGCACGAUUGAGGUUAGGUGAUAUGUACGUGACUUGCGUAUUGCCCUGUAAUCUAGCCGUAAUUGUUGGGAAUUAACGAGAUGCAAUAAUUGACCGAUGUAAGUAAGCUUGAAUAUUACUCUAAGCAUAAUAUUAAUAAAUUACAUCAGCUUUUAGCUGAUACCGUUUGGAAUACAUUCCUUAGGGUGUUGCUGAAAAGCCUCUUAUUUAAUCCACCCAACACCGAUUUACAAUCAGUCAUCCCGAAUUUAUUUAGGAUCUUCGAAAUAUAUCUCUCUUGAGACAAGAUCAUCCAGCCCGAUUCAAAAUUACGUCGGAUAUCUAGGCCAAGAAAGUUAUGAACUUCCCCUAAAUCCUUCAUUUUGAAUCGUUUGGAAAGAUUGUGUUUUAACCAUUUUAUCAUCUUUACAUCUUUACCAAAAAUAAGUACGUCAUCAACAUAUAUUAUGAUAAACAAACCAUGAUUUUACAAAUGUAAAGACAAGUAUCGGACUCAAGCCUUGUAAAACCCAACUGAGUAAUAAUUUCAUUCAACCUCAAAUUCCACGUUCUACUGGAUUGUUUAAGCCCAUAGAUACUCUUGUUUAAUUUACACAUCUUUAUAUUUCCAUCCAUAUCAGGAGGUAAUCUCAUAAAGACAUCUUCUGUUAAUGACCCAUUAAGAAAAGCCGUCUUAACGUCCAUUUGAUGAAUUAAUAAAUUAUUUCUAACAGCCAUUGAAAGCAUUGUUCGUAUUGUACACAUUUUGGCCACUGGAGCAAAGGUUUCGCCAUAGUCCAAUCCUGGGCGUUGCGAACAGCCCUUUGCAACAAGCCUAGCUUUAUACCUAUUAGACUCAUCGUCCUUUAUUGUGAAUAUCCACAUGGAAUUGAUAGGUCGCCUUCCUUUUGGAAUGACACUCACCAAGGUCCAUGUCUGAUUUUCCAAUAAAGAAGCCAUUUCUUCAUCGAUAGCAGCUUUCCAUUUUGGCCAAUCAUCACGUUUCAUUAAAGUUUCAAUAUUUUGUGGAAUUUCUCCUUCAAUAUUUGCAACAAAGAAACUGCUUUCAAAAUUAAUAGCAUAGUCCCGAUGCCAAACAGGUGCUCGUCGGGAUCUUUGAUUUCGACGUAACACUUCAGAUUCCAUUUCAUUCACAGAAUCAUUUUCGAAACUAUCUUCAAAUUCAUCUUCAGAUUCGUCCUCCGCUUCUAAGAAAACCUCAUCUUCUUCAUCAUUAUUUACCUCUUCAUUUAGAUUCUCAGACACCUCUAGCGAUUUCGUUAAAUCUUGCUCAAGCAUCUCAUCACUUCUCUCUAUGCUUUUAUUCGCAUUUACGUUUUCGUUCGAACUCUCAUUUUUCUUAUCGAAAUAAAACUUUCCUUCAUCAAAAAUAACGUCUCUUGAAACGAUAACUUUAUUCCUAUUAUCAUCCCACAAACGAAAACCAUUUGGACUGUAGCCGACCAUAGCCAAAAUCUUGCUCUUUUCAUCCAGCUUGCUACGAUGCACCUUGUUUACAUGCGCAUAGGCAAUACAACCGAACACUCUCAAUUUACUAACAUCUGGCUUGCAUUUAAACCACAUUUCAUAAGGCGUUUUGCAUUUUAGUAAUGCGUUUGUGGGGCUUCGGUUUGUCAAAUAAGCAGAGACAUAAACCGC